GGAGGGGGUCUCACGUCUGCUCCCGCCGCCGCGUCUGAUAGGAUUACAGCUCAACCCGGUUACCGAGUCAAGGAGCGUUUUUCUCACAAACAUGUAACGCCCAUCCAGUGAACCGGGAAAGUCGCAUCAAACCCUACAGCGUUCUUCACUCUCAAAUCCAAUAACCGCUUCACCGGGAAUGAGCGCUCGGCUCCACAAAACACCGAGAGAGACAAGUUUAUUAAUGAACAGCACAAGGAUAUUUACACUCCGUUUUAAACACAUUUAUGACAACUUUUGGAACUAUUUAGAUAUUUAUUUUCUCAGUCAAGAAGCCUAUUUCAAUUUUGUAUUUUUCUUUAUGAGACCGUUUAAGUGUUAGAAAACGUUUGGACGCGUCAAGCUCUUGGAAACUACGCACAAGUGCAUGUUAACGCGUUGGUUGAACAGGUGGCUCGGGGUCCGGUUAAAUUGGUCUAUUUACAUUCAACGGGGACAACGGACAGGACAGGCAGACGGGACUUUCAUUCUGAUGCUCCUCACAUACCGUACUGGCCAGGUAUAGAGCGCAGGGGACACAACGAGGACGGACAGUUGGAAACGACUCCAAAAACGGUGAAAAUAAACCUUCCUUUUGUAAGUUUGACAGUUCGGAGUUUUUAUGCCAGUCGUUGACGUUGACAUGGUUGUCGGUAGUCCCCGGUUACACGGGGGUAAAGCCCCGGCCUCUACACCGGAGAACGUUGUCCCGGGGGGUAAAGCCCCGGCCUCUACACCGGAGAACGUUGUCCCCGGGGGUAAAGCCCUGGCCUCUACACCGGAGAACGUUGUCCCCGGGGGUAAAGCCCCAGCCUCUACACCGGAGAACGUUGUCCCGGUUCCUCUAGGUAGUCCUGCUGCGGAUAUCCUCCGUAACUUUUACCACACUAAGCGGGUGGGAAACUACUUGAUCGGGAGGAAACUUGGAGAGGGCUCCUUCGCUAAAGUCCGAGAGGGACUUCACGCCAUGACUGGAGAGAAGGUCGCGGUAAAGGUGAUCGAUAAGAGGAAGGCGAAGAAGGACUCUUACGUGACGAAGAACCUCCGUAGAGAAGGUCACAUCCAACAGAUGAUCAGACAUCCCAACAUCACCCAGCUACUGGACAUACUGGAGACUGAGAACAGUUACUACCUGGUGAUGGAGUUGUGUCCUGGAGGAAACCUCAUGAACCGGAUCUACGAUAAGAAGAAGCUGGAUGAGAGAGAGACGCAGAAAUACGUUCGUCAGCUGGUGAUGGCUGUGGAGCAUCUACACAGAGCUGGAGUGGUGCACAGGGACCUGAAAAUAGAAAACCUGCUGUUGGAUGAACAGGAACACAUCAAGCUAAUAGAUUUUGGUCUCAGUAACUGUGCAGGGAUUCUGGGAUACUCAGACCCGUUCAGUACGCAGUGUGGGAGUCCAGCCUACGCCGCUCCAGAACUACUUUCCCGUAAGAAGUACGGACCCAAGGUGGACGUCUGGUCCAUAGGAGUGAACAUGUACGCCAUGCUGACUGGGACCCUUCCCUUCACCGUGGAGCCCUUCAGUCUCAGGGCUCUGCACCAGAAGAUGGUGGACAAGGAUAUGAACCCACUACCGCCCUCUCUCUCUACAGCGGCCAUCUGUCUAAUGAAGAAGCUAUUAGAACCAGAUCCAGCUAAGAGACCCAACAUCCACCAGGUCAUGUCUGACUCCUGGCUACAACUGGCUAACGCUAACACUGGAGCACCCUACCUCAACAGGAUCCACAUCGAGGAGAUCAACCACAUGGUUCUACUGCACAUGACAGAGAGGAUGGGUUAUAAACACAGCGAGGUGCUGAGCGCCGUGCUCACCAAUAGAGCCUGUCACACCCUGGCUGUCUACUUCCUGCUCAACAACAAGAUGAAGAGGCUCUCCAAGGAGUACAGGGAAAAGGUGUACCAGGAGAAAGAGAAGAAGACAGAGAAGAACGAGUACUUCCAGACCCAGUGGAGGAAACACGUAGAGAAGGUCACCAUCCCUCCUAAACAGACUCCUGUCUAUCUGGCCGUCAGCAAGGGCCCUAGCAAGGAGAAGAAGCACAGGAAUGGUCUGCUGCGAGCGGUAACGGGUAACUUCCACCGUGCCUCUCCUCUCGCCCCGUCCGGCACCGUUGCCUCGUCGUCCAUGGAAUACCUAGAGAUCCACCCCCUCUUCCCGUCACAGCCAACCAGGCACCUAGAAACCCUCCAGGCAGCCAAUACCAGCCCAGACCACAUCCCCGCCCCUCCGGCUCCUUCUCCAAUCGGCAUGCACUCCUAUGACUCCCUCUCCAAAGCCGAGCCAAUCGACGACGUCGUGGUCCCCGCCUCGGCCACACCCUGGUACAAACUGACCAAUGGGACCUUCUCUCCUCCGCGACACGUCUCGGCCUUCCACCCUGAUUCGUCCUACUUAAAAAAGGCGACUAUCCCCAGCCCGCCCGUCCUCAUCGUCGACCCCCAGCCGAAAAAGUCCUCCUCUAACCUGGGUGACAACCCCCCUAGUAUCUUCGGUAGCCCACCUGGAGGCUCAGCCUUCUCCCCGCCCAAAUCAGCCUUCAGUCCCCUCAACCCGUCAUCUGCGUUCAGUCCUCCGUCCAUCAGGGGCAGCGUUGAGCCAGACAGCCCCCAGCACAGUAAGUUCCCCUCUAUGGGCAUCGGCCAGAUCCUGAGGAAGAAGGUUCCCUUCCAGCCGUUCAGUUUCAGGGCGGAGCAAGCGGUGGAGGAGGAUCUGGUGUCUCCGCCCCCUUACCACAUGCAGACGCUGCUCUGCGCCUCCGGGGCGCUCAAGACCCUCUGCUGAAGCAUUAUGGGUAACGGUACAAAGAUGACGGAAGACCAUCUGGAGGAUGUGGCUCUGGUCCAAAGUAUGAAACGAGGGAAAAAGGUGCGGUCGUUUUGAGAGAGUUUGGACCUCACACCUGAACAGCCUUGGAACUCGUCCUCCUGCCCGAGGCAGUCGCCAUGACAACACCAGGAUUCCAGAGACCCUCUUGGUGUUAGAGAAACUAUUGUAAUAAUAGUAAUUAAUGCGGUAAACAUUAAAGACAUAGAGAAAGAUUGAGGUGGAUAAAAUGCCACUUUGUCAACGAGUGUUUCGGCUGACGAAAGGCCUUUUGUUGUGACAGCGGUGACUGGAACACGUGACCAAGCUCCACGGUGUUACCUGUCAUUGUUGUAUAUUGUGUUGUGAGAGAGAGCUGAGUCACACACACACAGCACACACACACA